AGAGAGAGUCGAAAGAAAACGCUAACACGAGAGAGAGGGAGUGAGAGAGAGAGAGAGAGGCUGUUCUUCGACUAUUUUGAACAUAUUCUCUCUUCGGACACUGCGUCCAAACCACUAUAAAUACUAGGGUUUCGAAACAUUCCCUCUAUUUUACGACUUUCGACUUUUUCCACAACUCGAUCUCCUUACAUUUCCUAGGGUUUAUUCUUCCUCUCUAUCCCAGCUCGAUUCCAAGCUCAAAACCCUAAUCUCCUUCUCUAUCUCUCUCUUCCAUGGCGGCUGAGAGACUCAGAGAUUUGAGUCAGCCGAUCGACGUUCCGCUUCUUGACGCUACCGUCGCGGCCUUCUAUGGCACUGGAUCCAAAGAAGAGAGAACAGCAGCAGAUCAGAUACUGCGUGAGCUGCAAAACAACCCGGAUAUGUGGUUACAAGUAGUUCACAUUUUACAGAACUCACAGAACCUGAAUACCAAGUUCUUUGCACUGCAGGUCCUUGAAGGUGUCAUUAAGUAUCGAUGGAAUGCAUUGCCUGUUGAACAACGAGAUGGAAUGAAAAAUUACAUAUCAGAUAUUAUUGUACAGCUUUCAAGUAAUGAAGUCUCUUUUCGGCGGGAAAGGCUUUAUGUCAACAAACUUAAUAUUAUAUUGGUUCAGGUUCUCAAGCAUGAGUGGCCGGCUAGAUGGCGGACCUUUAUUCCUGAUCUUGUUUCAGCUGCAAAGAGUAGUGAAACGAUUUGCGAAAAUUGCAUGGCUAUAUUAAAGCUUCUCAGUGAAGAGGUUUUUGAUUUCUCAAGAGGGGAGAUGACUCAACAGAAGAUCAAAGAGCUUAAACAGUCAUUAAAUAGUGAGUUUCAACUCAUUCAUGAGCUAUGCCUGUAUGUAUUAUCUGCAUCCCAAAGGACUGAACUUAUACGGGCAACGCUAGCAACAUUGCAUGCUUUUCUAUCAUGGAUCCCGCUUGGCUAUGUUUUUGAGUCUCCGCUGCUGGAAACACUACUAAAGUUCUUCCCUAUGGCAUCAUAUCGGAAUCUUACUCUCCAAUGUCUAACAGAGGUCGCUUCCCUUCAAUUCGGAGAUUUUUAUGACAUGCAAUUUGUCAAAUUGUAUACAAUUUUCAUGGUCCAACUACAGAGCAUUCUUCCACCUGGAACAAACAUCCCUGAUGCUUACGCGAAUGGUUCCAGCGAAGAGCAGGCAUUUAUUCAAAAUCUGGCACUAUUUUUCACUUCGUUUUACAAGUCCCAUAUCCGAGUACUUGAAUCCACUCCAGAGAACAGAUCUGCACUUCUAAUGGGUCUUGAAUAUCUAAUUGGCAUUUCUUAUGUUGAUGACACAGAGGUUUUUAAGGUAUGCUUGGAUUACUGGAACUCUUUAGUCCCUGAGCUGUUUGAGGUACAUCAUAACCUUGACAACCCUGCUGCCGCUGCUGCAAGCAUGAUGGGGCUUCAGAUGCCAAUGCUUUCUGGGAUGGUUGAUGGCCUUGGUUCACAACUUUCACAAAGACGGCAGCUCUAUUCUGGUCCAAUGUCAAAAUUAAGGAUGCUUAUGAUAUGUCGUAUGGCUAAACCUGAAGAGGUUUUGAUUGUGGAAGACGAAAACGGCAAUAUUGUGCGGGAAACUAUGAAAGACAAUGAUGUCCUUGUCCAGUAUAAGAUCAUGAGGGAAACACUGAUAUACUUAUCACACCUUGAUCAUGAAGACACUGAACAACAGAUGUUGAAGAAGUUAAGUAAACAAUUGAACGGGGAGGAUUGGACGUGGAACAAUUUGAACACUCUAUGCUGGGCAAUUGGAUCAAUAUCUGGGUCCAUGAUGGAGGAACAGGAAAACAGGUUUCUGGUGAUGGUCAUUCGUGACUUACUGAACUUAUGUGAAAUUACAAAAGGAAAAGAUAACAAAGCAGUCAUUGCGAGUAACAUCAUGUAUGUUGUGGGUCAGUACCCGAAGUUUUUGAGGGCCCACUGGAAAUUUCUGAAAACUGUUGUGAAUAAGUUGUUCGAGUUCAUGCAUGAAACACAUCCAGGAGUUCAGGAUAUGGCCUGUGAUACAUUCUUGAAAAUUGUUCAGAAGUGCAAGCGUAAAUUUGUGAUCGUACAGUUAGGGGAAAAUGAACCAUUUGUGUCUGAACUUCUAUCUGGCCUUCCAGUAACGAUUGCUGAUCUUGAGCCUCACCAGAUCCAUACAUUUUAUGAAUCGGUGGGUCAUAUGAUCCAAGCCGAAUCUGAUCCUCAGAAGAGGGAUGAGUACCUCCAGAGGCUGAUGGAACUUCCAAAUCAGAAAUGGAUUGAAAUUAUUGGACAGGCACGCCAAAAUGUUGAUUUUCUAACAAAUCCAGAUGUGAUCAAAACCGUGCUCAACAUAUUGCAGACUAACACCAGCGUAGCCAGUGCGCUUGGAACGUACUUCUUAUCACAAAUAUCAUUGAUCUUUCUGGACAUGCUUAAUGUGUACAGAAUGUACAGCGAGCUUAUAUCAAAGAAAUUAGCAGAAGGAGGGCCCUUUGGCUCUAAAACAUCAUAUGUAAAACUUCUGCGAUCGGUUAAGCGGGAGACUCUCAAGCUAAUUGAAACAUUUGUGGACAAGGCUGAAGAUCAACCGCAAAUUGGAAAACAGUUUGUGCCACCAAUGAUGGACCCUGUUCUCGGGGACUAUGCUAGAAAUUUACCUGAUGCCAGGGAGUCUGAAGUUUUGUCACUCUUUGCCACAAUUAUAAACAAGUACAAGGGAGUAAUGAUGGAGGACGUGCCUCGCAUAUUUGAAGCCGUUUUUGAAUGCACGCUAGAGAUGAUAACAAAAAAUUUCGAAGAUUAUCCCGAGCACCGCUUGAAAUUCUUUUCUUUAUUACGUGCAAUUGCUACACAUUGUUUCCAUGCUUUGAUUCACUUGUCAAGUCAGCAACUUAAGCUUGUCAUGGAUUCUAUCAUAUGGGCAUUUCGGCACACUGAAAGGAAUAUUGCUGAAACCGGGCUUAACCUUUUGUUGGAGAUGCUGAAGAACUUUCAGGUUUCUGAGUUCUGUAAUCAAUUCCACAGGACUUACUUUCUAACAAUUGUGCAAGAGAUUUUCGCUGUACUGACGGACACUUUUCACAAGCCUGGGUUCAAGCUGCAUGUGCUAGUGCUGCAGCACUUAUUUUGCUUGGCGGACUCCGGUUCAUUGACGGAACCUUUGUGGGAUGCCGCUACGGUUCCUUACCCCUAUCCAAAUAACUCUAUGUUUGUUCGUGAGUAUAUUAUAAAGCUCCUGGGGACAUCAUUCCCGAACAUGACAACAGCAGAGGUGACACAAUUUGUUAAUGGUCUGAUUGAGUCAAGAAACGAUCUCUCCACGUUCAAGAACCACAUUCGAGACUUCCUGGUGCAAUCAAAAGAAUUCUCAGCUCAGGACAACAAAGAUCUCUAUGCAGAAGAGGCGGCAGCUCAGAGAGAAAGGGAGCGACAGCGGAUGCUUUCUAUUCCUGGGCUUAUUGCCCCUAGUGAGCUACAAGAUGAAAUGGUGGAUUCAUAGCUGUUGACCACAUGGUGCUAAUUCAUCAUCCUGUGAAAUCUCAGGAGUGCUUCGCCACCGCCUUGCCAGAUUUUCCACCAAGAUUGGUGGAUAGAUAGUGAAGGUGCCACCCCCACCUGGUUCAAGAGCUGUCUGGGGACUGCUGGUGAUGCUGGCAGGAUGUUGUUGUUGGUUGAAGUAGGGGAUGGCUCUUGGCAGUUUGUAGAAAUGCUAAUAUAGGAUUAGUGGGUCAUUUUUUGGCCACAAUCAGAAUCACUGAUAUUUGCGUUUAGGCGUGGCCUUGGGGAUGGACGGACGUGUUUCUGUCUACCGUCUCUCUUGAAUGGCGAUCUGUGUAGGUGUAUUCUAACUAGGGAGGGUUUCGAGGAAACGGGGCUAUUUCUGUUUAAACUAUACUGUAUGUUGGUGAGUUUUGAAAUGGCUUCAUUUAUUUUUUUCCC